AGAAUCUGGUUCGAUUAUUCAGUGCUUAAGUUUACAGCACAACUCAACCAAAAGAAAGAUUAAAAGUUUGGAGAAAGUGUGAUGCAGAAUAUGUAGCUAAUCUGAACGUGUACCUCUUUUAGGUGAUAAAUAAACCAAGACUACUAAUUUCUUAAGAAUCUAUUUAUAACUUAAAAAGUAAUAAAUAUCCUAAAUGAAAUCUUAGUCCAAGUUCAGGCUUUAAAAACAAGAGCAAUAUACAUGUGCUUGAUUUUGCUAUAGUUUUAUGGUUCAAGUGAUGCUGAAAUCAGAAAGAUCGCCCUAUAGCAACCUUCCGAUAAUUCGAAUACCAGGUGAUGGUAGAUGUAUGUUUAGAUCAGUGGUCUAUGGUGCCUGCCUCAGAACAGGAGACCCACCUCCAAGUCUCACCAAGCAAAAAGAACUUGCAGAUGAACUCAGAGCUAAAGUUGUGGAUGAAUUCAUCAAGAGGAGAAGAGACACUGAAUGGUUUCUUGAGGGUGACUUUAACACCUAUACAAUGCAAAUGAGAAAGUCUCAAGUAUGGGGAGGAGAGCCUGAACUUCUCAUGUCAUCACAUGUUUUACAGAUGCCUAUAACAGUGGUGAUGCAGGAUAUGAAAUCCAAUAACCUUAAAAUUAUAGCCGAAUAUGGCCAAGAGUAUGGAAAGGAGAAGCCUAUUAGAGUUAUAUAUGAUGGUUAUGGGCACUAUGAUGUAUUGAAAUGUUCAACAUGAUCUAAUACUGCAGUUCAUUGUAACCUACUGAUUAUCUGUAUUAUACUAUGUGUUUCAAUGUGAUUAUCAUGUCCUAUACCAAAAUCAGUGAUCCAAUCAUCACUCUCUUAUAGCAAUCAAAAGGAAGUAAGUGAUUUGUACUGAAUUAACUAUAGUGAAGUGAUCUAGUAUUUUUGUCACGUAUUUUUGUCACG